UUUCAAUCAUUGGUUUGUAUGUUAAGUAUAGUAAGUAUUGCAUGAAUUAAGUAUUGAAUAUCAUUUGCAGUCAUCUAUAGCUCAGCGCAAGAGUCGGCCAUUCAAUUGAAAUCAUUGAUCACUUGAAUUGAUUUUACCGUACAAUCAGUCCAUUGAAAAGCAGUAUUUGAAAGUGAAGAUGAAGUCAAUGCCAAGUCUAUCGAUGACUGGUCUUCGCAAGAAUCCGUCGCUGAUUCCAUUGUUAUUCUUUGUGGGCGCGGGUGGUGUUUGGGCCGGUUAUUACAUCGGAAGACUGGCCUUCAGGAACCCAGACGUUACCUGGAACCGUAAGACGAAUCCCGAGCCGUGGCAGGCGUACGACAAGAAACAGUAUAAGUUUUGGUCUGAGAUUGACCACAACACCUACGAACACCCGCGACCUAAGUUUUAAAGCAAUACAUUUGACAAUUAUUUUAUAGAUUUUUGUUGCUCUAAACAUAUGAUAGUUAGUCGACAGUAAUAUUUUGUGUUAAAUAAUCUCAAUUUAAAGAUAAUCUCACUUUUAUCCAUUGAUCUGUUAAUAAUUGAAAAUAUAAUUAUAAUAAUAAUAUGUCAAUUUAUAAGCUAUUAUUAUUAUGUUUUAUUCAUUUGAUAAUUACUAUACAAUAGA